AUGUCUCCCGUCACAAUCCCCUCAUUCGACAACCUGACCCUUGACCCCUCAGGCCCCAAGGGCAACGCUUGGGGCCUCUUCGGCAAAGACAACCAUCUUGGCAUGCUCAACCUCCUCACACCAGAAGUAGUAAAACAAGCAGCAUCCGAAGAGAUCAAGGAAGGGGCCCGCUUUGCGCUGGACUGGAAACUCAAUGCUCUACACAAACCGGCAUUUGGGAGACAGUCGUUUGAGAAGAAGAUUCACCACAAAGCGCCGAGGGUGGUGAAUGAUGAUAUUUUGGUGUUUAACACGCAGUGCAGCACGCAGUGGGAUGGAUUUAGGCAUUAUGCAAACCAGGUGCACAAGCUCUUCUAUAAUGGAACCUCGCAAGAGACAAUCGAGACGACUGAUGUUCUUGGUAUUGACUCAUGGGUCGACAAUGGCGGCGUCGUUGGCCGCGGUGUCUUGAUUGAUAUCGCUUCCUACGCCGAAAAGAACAACCUCACCUUCCCCGCUUUCGAGAGCACAGUAAUCCCUCUUGACCUUAUCAAAAAGGUCGCUGCAGAGCAAGGUGUCUCCUUCCGAUCUGGUGAUAUCCUAUUCAUCCGAGUCGGGUUCACCAAAGCAUAUGAACAACUUUCCGUCGAAGAAGGCAUUGCGCUCGGCCAACGACCCGUGUCACGAUUUGUGGGCAUUGAAUCCAGCGAAGCAACGCUGCGAUGGUUUUGGGAGAAUCAAUUUGCCGCCGUGGCCAGUGAUGCAGUCGCAGUUGAGUCUUCGCCCGUAGACGGGCCGCAGGUACCUCCGGAAUGGUCCCUACAUCAGUGGUGUUUGGCUGGAUGGGGUUUGCCGCUGGGUGAGAUGUUUUAUCUGGAGAAGCUUGCGAGUCACUGUGCAGAGGAGAAGAAAUGGACAUUUUUCUUUUCCAGUGUGCCGCUAAAUGUCCCAGGAGGCGUGGCCAGUCCGCCGAAUGCUGUUGCUAUCAUGUAA